AUGGCAGAUGCGCGACUAGAGCAAGAAGAGGAGGAGAUGUCAGUGCUGCACACGGUGGAGGCGAUCUUGCGAUCAGCUGCUGAAGAGGCUCUGCGCGUGUUGGAGGAACCAAACGGCUCGUCCUCUGCCAGUCGGCCAGUGACCUCCCUGCCGUCGGUAGCUACAUGGUGGAUGAGGAAGCGAGCUGCUUCUGGGAUGGUUAGGGAGUCUCUGCGAGAGCAGCGCAUGCCAACUGUCAGAGGCAGAGGAAGCAUCGACGACGAUGAUGAGAAAGAAAACGUGCCGAGCAACGCUAACCCACACGAGAUAGACUCCUUCGAACCUGCAGGGGAGCCGACGAGAGCAAAGCAGCAUGGAGUGGAUGCCCUGGUGCAGAGCAGGAGGAGGGGGAGGGGGUCGUCGUACGUGAUGAGAAAGCAAUGUCGCUCCUCGAUCUCCAUCACCUCCUUCUCUAGGAGCGACUGGAGCAAGGGCGACUGCCGCCUGAUCCGAUGGAAAUCUGAGGGGUCGCCGAUCCAGCAUGUGGGGGUGAGGCUGUGCGGGUCCUCAGGAGCCCUGCACGUCUUCGCUGCUGCCGCCCCCAACGUUGGGAAGUUUGUGUGCGAGAUGCCUGAGGACGUGGCGGCUCAAGAAGGGCUGCGGGUUGAAGUGAGAGGAGCCGACCCCAAGUGCACCGAGGUUUCAACGCUCUCGCACACCUUCAGAGUUGUGGAAAGGCAGGAAAGGAGAGGGACGGAUAGAAGGAGCUCUGGCUCAGCCCACCUUGCGAAAGUAUGGCUGACGUUUCCUGCAAGGGAGGGAUGGGCAUGGCCCACCGGCAUGUGCUACAACAUCACCUGGAAGGUGGUAGGAGUGGUGCAGAACGUUCAGGUGGACAUCCUACAGGGAGACGAGGUCCGGUUCAACGUGGUGUCCUCUGUCCUCAACAUUGGGAGCUAUCCAUUCACUGUACCGGUAGAUGCUCAAACAGGAGAGGACUUCAGGAUCCGAGUUCGCUCGAGCAACAACAAGGCGAUCAGCGGCCUGAGCCCGUCUUUUGCCAUCGUCCACCGGCAUGCCAUGUUCGGCCUCCCUCGUAGACUUCCGACCACAGAGCCCGUGAGGAGGUUCAGGGCGAUCAGGGCUCUCAGCACAGCACAGUACCAGAGGAGGGUCAGGACCGCGUACGCGGCUCCUCCCGCAUCAUCGCCGGGUGGUUGGAGUGACAAGGACUGGGGAGAAGGAGGAGGAGGAGGAGGAGGAGGAGGAGGAGGAGUUAAGCAGCGAGAAGCUCGAUGCAGACCUGAUAGCCCAGCAGACAUGCUCGUCAUCAACGACUCGCCAUCUGAAGUUCAUGACAGCUUCUACGACGCCAUUGCGUCCUUCCACAAGGACCGGGGAAUGGAGGCUGGAGGGCAGAGGUCGUCGGAGAGGCCAAAGACCAUGAGCUCGACGAGCACGUCACGAUGGCCUCAGCACACGAGCAAAGUCAGUCGCUCUGCGCUGCUCGUGUCUGAGAUGUACGUCCAGAACCGCAGGGACCUCUUUGCCCACCAGAUCGCAUCCAUCAGGAACCUCGCGGUGGGGCAGGAGGAGGAGGAGAUGGCAGGAGCCGUUGCCAUGUUUGACCGGCCGGCUGUCGGAUACAGAGCCAUGGCGGAAAGGGACAGGAUCGACGAGCAGCGCUUUCAUAUUCUGCUUGACAAGUGA